AUGAACCAGGCCUUCUGGAAAACCUACAAGUCCAAAGUGUUACAGACCCUAAGUGGGGAAUCUGAGGAGGACCUGGCAGAGGAGAGAGGGAACCCAGCGUUAGCGGAAUCUGAGCCGGCAGAACCUGCAGAAGAGGCUUUCCAUCCCAUGUCACAGUUUGCCCGCCGGGUUCAGGGGGUCGGGGUGAAAGGUUGGCUGACAAUGUCGUCUUUGUUUAACAAAGAAGAUGAGGACAAGCUCCUGCCCCCAGAGCCCUGUGCCGACCACUUUCCGGGCUCCUCCCACAGCUUUCCGGACUCCUCCUGUCAGGCUUCCCGCCUCUGGCGCCCGCUGGCGGCGCGGUCCCCCUCGCAGGCGGUGACGGCGACGGAGACAGAGCCGCGCGGGCCGGGAUUCUGGGACGCGUUCGCCAGCAGGUGGCAGCAGCAGCAGGCGACAGCGGCGUCCAUACUGCGCGGCGCCGAACCCAACCCGGAGCCAGACCCAGAAGCCGGGGAUGAGGUCGCGGAGGAGGCUGCCGAGCGCCCCGAGCCAGGGGAGGCCGACGCCGUGGCCGGCUUCAAGUGGGGCUUCCUCACCCACAAACUGGCCGAGAUGAGAGUGAAGGCUGCGCCCAAGGGCGACUAG